GUCAUAUUUUCAUAGUAGAAUCGCAACUCAAAAUGGGUUUCCUUAUAGCACGAAACUAAUGGUUCUUCAAGGCAAAACAAUUUAGAGUUGAAAGAUAAAGUGGAUUAGUUCUGAGUUGCCCAAUAUACAUGUAUCCUUAAUUCUGUGCACAAAAUUGUAUAUUUGAUUCAUACUCAAGAUUUUCCGACAAUAAGUUGUUUUCACUCAAGACAUUUAAGAGUCGAGAACUUCUGUUCUGCAUAGAGGCUGAGUUAAGUUUAUUUUUGCAAAAUGUUUUGUUGUAAAGGGGAAGGCACGACCUCCUUGUCUUGUAUGAAAAAAUUUAAGCAACAAAAACUUCUUGAAUGCAUCGUAUUCACUGACCGCAAAUAGAACUUCAGAAGAUCAUUAAGAUAAACGCUUGUCAAGGGAAAGAAUUUUGUUCCGCUGAAAAUCGACAGGCACGCUGUCAUAUUUUCCUUUUGUUAGAUGACGAAAUUUAAUCAACUAAGUAGUUUUUAUCAAAACUUAACGUUAAUUGAUUAGAAAUUAUUGAAAAUUGAACGUACGUAGUAUAUCUUCACUACUAUGUGGUUAAUCAUCACUCACUGCGUUUUCAGGUGAGAUUAGCAUCAUAAAGUUGUUGGAAUGAGACCUCAAGAUUAUGUACCCUAUGUUAAUGUGAAGCACCAGAAAAAUAUCAAUGCCAUGUACUUAUUCAGUAUUGACUACAAACUCUCAAAGAAGCUCAACGGGGGAUUGUCCGCUCUCGUCGAUCAGAUCAAGCCCGCGUAUGACUCACUGAGUGAAUACCAGAAGCAAGAGUACACUACCAAGGUAUCAGAAGUGAAGCAGCUCUGGCUAGCUCAGAAGGCUGGAGGAAGAAGCGCAGACGAAGUGGGUAGGGCUCCAGUCCCAAACGCCAACCAGCUGCCAAAUCCAGUGGAAUCCAGAAGAGCAGAGCUGGAAACACGGGCUGUAGCGUUCAAUCAGUACUUGAUGAAAGCACAAGUUGAACACGAUCAUUUCAUCAUCGGUGAUGUUGUUGCUCUUAUCAACGAGCAAAUGCCCAAUCGAGAAGACUUUUUGCCGUCCGAAAUAGCUCUAAAUAUCUGGUCGAUGCGAAAGGGAAUCAUAUCUAGCUAUCAUGAGUUCGUGGAUCCUGGAAAAAUCUGGCUGGGGUAUCGUGCCCAAUUUAUGGACCACCAAGAGAAACAUCAGAUUCCAGAGUUCUACCAGGAUGCGGUUCCAUCGUCAAAAUAUCACGAAGUGUUCAAAGCAAUUCAGAAUCACGUGAACAACAGUGUGAAAAUUGAAGAUAUUCACACUCCGUGUAAAGCUGUAGUUCCAGUGAUCACAAGUUUAUCAAGCGUGAACAAGGUGAACUAUACUUUAAAUGAGUUUCUACGAGAAUCGUAUCUGAAUACGACACAAGAUAACCCUGGCAACGCUUUUCGUUUUGAAGUUUACAGUUUUGACGAAGCGUUGCUCGCGAUGCUUAAUAAUUCUAAUCUGCGAACUGAUAUGAGUAUGGAAAAAAUGAUAGCCUAUUGUGAAAACGAGGCUAAGAGUCUCGAGUUUGAACACCUUCCCGGAAUGAUGUGCGAGUAUCAUUCAGAUGCAGAAGCCUCCGUAUGUGCCCAGGCCAAUGCUCGAAAACUUUGCUUUAUGACCACAAGUGCUCUUAAGAAAGAAGGUCACUUUGACAUUCCAAUAACUGGUAAAAACUUCCCAGUGCCAGUAAUGGAAUCCUUUUCAAAACAUUUGAACAAACAAGACGAAUGUCAAUCGGCAGUUGGAACAACAGUUGAUUUCAAAUAUAGACAGACUGGAUCUGAUUUCACUUCGAAUUGGAGUUCGGGAGCAACUUCGUCUGUCGUGACAGGGGUCCAUGGAAUGAACUUGUCUGGUGAUACUGGAAACGGAGAUCCAUGGCAUGCAGCUAAUCCGAGCCGGCAACAUAACCAGUACCAAGCCCGUGUUGCACCUAGUGUUAGUAACUAUUCAAGUACAGCGUCUCGACCGAAUUUCAACUAUCCAAACACACCUUCAUCAGCGAUGGUUUUUGACGGCGACGAUGACAUGUCAAGUGCUGUGUCAAAUUCAAUCAAUAGUGACAAUGGCCAGGAUGCGUGGAAACCUUCAGGUAGAAGCAGAAGUUUCGCAACUCGUUCUAAUGCCUCCUCUUCAAGUUUUACGACAUCUCAGGCGUCACAAAUACAACCUGGUCAACGCGUGAAUCGAGCAGCGCCUCAAUCGCUGCAUAACACUAUCUUCGAGGAUGAUGAUGACGCACAGAGUAGCUUCAGUGUCCAAUCGGCGGCGUCUACUAUGAGUCAUAACCCUCAAGCCAAAAUGGGAAGGUCAAAAGGAAGAGGAAGAGGUCACGGGUUUGGAAAGAAACCGGCGCCACCGCCCGGAACCUAUCAGUCGUGGGAUUAGUCGAUUCUGGAGUCAGAACGUCAAAUGGCAUUGAAUCAAUGAAAUUCAGAAGCUAAUUAACCGCUCCAAAAUAAAAGUUGAAUUGUUCAGCUGUUUAAGUCUGAAAGCGAAUGGAUAAAGAUAGCAAAACCUGUACCGCUGGAUUUUGAUUGUUGAAAACUUUAAGCUUCUUUCCGUUGGAAUCUGAUUCUAAUGGGUCCGUUUUCCUUGAGCAAGCAACUAGUGAUAGUGGUUGCAAGCGCAUAAAACUGAUAUUUUUCCACCCAAUUACUGAUCUAUAAAUUUAUUUCUGUUGACUGAAUAGAUAGUUACAAUUUCAGAUAUUAUAGAUAA